AUGUGGCAAAAGUUCGCAAAGUUCAAGGGGACCGACUACUUUCGCAAGGCACUGUAUAUGCACAUAGCUACCUCAAUUACCUCCGUACCCCUGCACAUCAACUCGAUACUGGUACUCCCUCUAUAUAGACAUGUCAUUUUACUUGUUUUUGUUAUUUGUUCACUAUGUAUUUAUUACCUCUGUUACAAUUUCUAUUUAUUUUUUGUCUUUAACUCUGGAUUUUUGGAAAAUAAUUUGCAAGUAACUAUUUCACUGGUAGUCUACACCUGUUGUUUCCAAAGCAUGUGGCAAAUAAAAUAAAAUUUUGAUUUGAGAUAAGACUUCAGGUAUCGUGGGCGUUUUUCUUUACAACCACUGAUAAUUCAUUGCAUUUUGUCAAAGUCACAGAUGUUUUGUCUUAUUUUACUGGCAGCACAAUUCAGUCCCAUAAAUGUGAUGUUAAUGUGGCUAAAAUAUUAUUAUGUGGCUAAGAGAUUAUUGACACUUUCACUUAAUCAUGAAUUGGUCUUUGUUAAAAAUUGCAUUCAUGUAUGUUUUGCUUUUGCAGCCAUUGCCUAAGGUAUGUCUUAUGAUGGGAAAAAUCUCUAUCUUUUUGUCAUUCCCACAUGUGGGGACAUUAUAAUGUUGGUGUCUAUGCGCUGCAUAUAGAUACUGAUUGUGUGUGCGCAUGCGUGUGUGUGUGUGUGUGUGUGUGUGUGUGUGUGUGUGUGUGUGUGUGUGUGUGUGUGUGCGAUCUAGGAGGGAGGCUCAGGCAGAUAUGUGUUAGCUAAUGCUGUCUGAGAGCAGCUGGGCAGGGCUAAUAAACGAACAAUAACACAAUGACAUCACCCAGAGAGAGAGAGAGUGGGGCUGCGUGCAAGCGAGCCAGAGCAAGGGAGAAGCUCAGAUGCAGAGAGGCAGAAGAGAGAGAGAGAGAGAGCGUGUGUGAGUGGGAGAGCACUGGACAGUACUCACUCAACAUUGACAGGGGAUACAGCUCUUUCCAGAAGAUUUUGCAGAUUUUUUUCCCCCCCUCUCUUCCAUUGCACCUCUCCCCCUCCCCCUUUCCCCUUCCCCUCAUCCUCUGUCAACCCCUCUCAGCCUUUGCUUCAGGCUGCUCCUCCGGGCAUGCUACUUAAGCCAAAGUAUGGCCGCUUUCGCAACGCUUCUGUGACCUCCUCCGACGACCUGAUGCAGAGCUUAGCCAUGAGCGGCAAAGUGGUGGCCACCCCUGUGGUCCUCUCCUCCGCCCCCAGCCUGCCGCUGCCCCCCCUGCCUCCUCUGGAGUCCAUCCCCGGGUCCUCCUCUGCAGCCCCGGCCCUAGCCGACUCCCCCUGCCUGGACGGGGAGCAGGACACCACCACCACUUUCUGCAUGCUCAUCCCCAGGAUGCCUCAGUGGAAGUUCUCCAACACUCUGCUGAGCAGGAGCCCCUCCAACUCCAGCUCCAGCUCAUGCAAGGACACCGGCAAGACUGCAGCCCCCUCAUCGCAGGGCUCGCACGGCCCCAGUGGCCCUUCAGCCCCCAGUGGUCCCGUGGCAAGUCUGGCUGCUGUUUUGAACUCCUGUGACCCUGUGUGUGUCACCCCCUGUUCCCUACAGGCCAUCAGCAGGCAGAGAUCUGCAAUGCGCUCAGCCAGUCCAGGGGGCCAUGGAGCAGGGGCUGCAGAGGGCACAGGGAGCCUUGGGGGCCACAACGGCUUCAGGACAGGGAUGAACCGCAGGACCAGGGUGGAGGGCAUGUGGCUGGGAGGGGAGGACUUCAACCAGAAGGGCAGCUUCAUCCACAAGCCCUCCCAGGGAUGGCUGCACCCAGACAAGAAUAUCACAGGCCCUGGGGCCUCCUACAUUGUCAGGUACAUGGGCUGCAUUGAGGUGUUGAAGUCGAUGCGAUCGCUGGACUUCAACACUCGGACCCAGGUGACGAGGGAGGCCAUCAACAGACUGUGUGAAGCUGUGCCUGGGAGUAAGGGGGCCUGGAGGAAGAAGAACAUUAACAAGGCCCUGCAGACCAUCAUGGGGAAGAGUAACCUGCGCUUCGCUGGUAUGGGCAUCGCUGUCAACAUCUCUAUAGAGGGCCUCAACCUGCUCAUCCCCACGACACGACAGGUGAUAGCACACCACCCCAUGGAGUCCAUCUCCUUUGCCUCUGGGGGAGACACGGACACACCCGAUUAUGUUGCUUAUGUGGCCAAAGAUCCAGUCAAUCAGAGAGCAUGCCAUAUCCUGGAGUGUGGUGACGGUCUAGCCCAGAAUGUCAUCAGUACCAUCGGCCAGGCCUUUGAACUGCAGUUUAAACAGUACCUCCACAGCCCUCCCAAAGCCAUCCCCACCAUGGAGAGGAACAUCAGGACAGAGGACUCGGCGUGGGGUGAUGACGAGGACUCCUCGGAGCAUGACUACUACAACAGCAUCCCAGGGAAGGAGCCUCCUGUUGGAGGAGUGGUGGACUCGAGGCUGAUGCCUUGUACCGCCUUGCUGGGCCACGUCCACAGCCAACCACAGAGCAAGGCAGCGCAGAUCGGUUCUCCGGCCAGGAGAGACACGGUGUCCUAUCCCUCAGGUCAGCUGUGCUAUGAGCUUCACUGGGACACUGAGAACAACGGCAGCUCAGGUCUGACAUCAGAUGGGUACCUGCGGGCAGACGGCCAUUCCCCGGGAAGUAGGAACUAUGAAGAGCACCUGUAUGUGAACACCCAGAGUCUGGAGGGCCUGGAGCAGGGAGCAGAGGGCCAUAGGGGGGCCAGACAGCCAGACAGCCCCAAGAAAGACAUAUUUGACAUGAAACCCUUUGAGGAUGCUCUGAAGAUGCACGAGGCUGGUGGUAACGGUGGGGUGUGUGUGCUGGAGGACCAGUGGCCCAGUCCGCCCCGGCGUCGUGCCCCUGUCGCCCCCACAGAGGAGCAGCUUCGGCGGGAGGCCUGGUACCAUGGCCGUAUGAGCCGCCGGGAUGCUGAGAAACUGCUGGUCCGAGACGGGGACUUCCUGGUACGAGACAGUGCCACCAACCCAGGCCAGUACGUCCUGACGGGCAUGCACUGCGGUCUGCCCAAACACCUGCUACUGGUCGACCCAGAGGGAAUGCCCACUCCUCCUCGUCACUGCCAGGUACGAACCAAAGACAUGCUGUUUGAGAGUAUCAGUCACCUGAUCAGCUACCACCUGAAGAACGAGCUGCCCAUCGUGGCAGCCGAGAGCGAGCUGCACCUCAAACAGGUGGUCCGGAGGAAAGAGGGGACAGCGUUCUGGAAUGGAGUCAGAGGUGUGUCCAUAUAACCCCAGGGAGGAAGAUCUUCACUUUGUCAUAUCCCCAGAAUCAGAGCUUUCGCAGGGGUAGGAGGACACAGGCAACUCCCUCUGUCCAGGACCCAAGGGCAUGGGCUGCAGUACCUGGCUGCCUCCGACAGUGCCGACAAACUUUCCACCAUCUCCACCUGAACUCUCAGUAUACAGUCAUUUAGCUAACCGAUGCCUCGGAACAGCUCAGCCAAUCACAAGGAUGGAAUGUGAGGUCACAGUCACAUACAGUAGUUGUUCCAUAGGAAAGCAUCAUUUUUGAGUGCAUGAUGAUGUUGCACCUCAUACUGAGUCUCAUACUGCUGAUGUCAUACGCAGUCCCAGAAUGAUUUGGGUUCCCUGUGUCUUUAAACGGACAAAUGUGAACAUUGUAUAUGAUAUGUGAGAAACUGGCAGCAAAAUAUCACUAAAUUGUUUUAUCAGAAUGCAGUUCUUUGCUCCUCAGACAAUGGGAUGCUUUAAUGGACUUUUAUAAACUGUUCAUCUGCAGCAGUAGCACCUGCACCUUCAUGAUUUAUUCAUAUGUAAUCUCAGGACCUAAUUCUGAAGGCGUUAAAUAUCUGAUUGCAUGAAUUGAAAUAUGCUUCAGAGAUACAGUACUAACCAGACACCGACCUUGAAAAUGUGUCUGUCUCUCUGUCCCAUCAAUAUCCACAGGAAGUCUGCAUAACACAACAUUGGGAAUAUACAGUUGGCUAAAAUUCAUGGGUAGAACUCCGAAUAUCAUUGUGUUCAAUAAUAACCAUAUGCUUGUCAAAGUGUUUCUAUGGGACAGUCAUAGCUCGUCAGUGAACACCUACCCAAGUUGUGUUACCAUGCCUACUGUGUGAAGAUAUCACACUGGUCAGAGCCUGUGCUCUCAGAAGGCAGACUACAUUACUACAAAUGACUCAGUGUAAAGAUAAUUAAGACCCAUAAAAUAGUUCAGUGCCUUAAUACUUGGUGUUUCAUAUCUUUCCUCCCAAAUCACUUGUGCAGUAUCAUACAUUCUAUAUAUACAGUGGGGCAAAAAAUAUUUAGUCAGACACCAAUUGUGCAAGUUCUCCCACUUAAAAAGAUGAGAGAGGCCUGUAAUUUUCAUCAUAGGUACACUUCAACUAUGACAGACAAAAUGAGAAAAACAAAUCCAGAAAAUCACAUUGUAGGAUUUUUAAUGAAUUUAUUUGCAAAUUAUGAUGGAAAAUAAGUAUUUGGUCACCUACAAACAAACAAGAUUUCUGGCUCUCACAGACCUGAAACUUCUUCUUUAAGAGACUCGUUACCUGUAUUAAUGGCACAUGUUUUUACUUUUUAUCAGUAUAAAAGACACCUGUCCACAACCUCAAACAGUCACACUCCAAGCUCCACUAUGGCCAAGACCAAAGAGCUGUCAAAGGACACCAGAAACAAAAUUGUAGACCUGCACCAGGCUGGGAAGACACAAUCUGCAAUAGGUAAGCAGCUUGAAUUGAAGAAAUAAACUGUGGGAGCAAUUAUUAGGAAAUGGAAGACAUACAAGACCACUGAUAAUCUCCCUUGAUCUGGGGCUCCACGCAAGAUCUCACCCUGUGGGGUCAAUCAAAUCAAUCAAUCAAAUCAAUCAAAUCAAGUCAAAAUGAUCACAAGAACGGUGAGCAAAAAUCCCAGAACCACACGGGGGGACCUAGUGAAUGACCUGCUGGGACCAAAGUAACAAAGCCUACCAUCAGUAACACACUACGCCAUCAGGGACUCAAAUCCUGCAGUGCCAGACGUGUCCCCCUGCUUAAGCCAGUACAUGUCCAGGCCCGUCUGAAGUUUGCUAGAGAGCAUUUGGAUGAUCCAGAAGAAGAUUGGGAGAAUGUCAUAUGGUCAGAUGAAACCAAAAUAGAACUUUUUGGUAAAAACUCAACUUGUCAUGUUUGGAGGACAUAGAAUGCUGAGUUGCAUCCAAAGAACACCAUACCUACUGUGAAGCAUGGGGGUGGAAACAUCAUGUUUUUGGGUUGUUUUUCUGCAAAGGGACCAGGACGACUGAUCCGUGUAAAGGAAAGAAUGAAUGGGGCCAUGUAUCGUGAGAUUUUGAGUGAAAACCUCCUUCCAUCAGCAAGGGCAUUGAAGAUGAAACGUGGCUGGGUCUUUCAACAUGACAAUGAUCCCAAACACACCGCCCAGGCAACAAAGGAGUGGCUUCGUAAGAAGCAUUUCAAGGUCCUGGAGUGGCCUAGCCAGUCUCCAGAUCUCAACCCCAUAGAAAAUCUUUGGAGGGUGUUGAAAGUCUGUGUUGCCCAGCAACAGUCCCAAAACAUUACUGCUCUAGAGGAGAUCUGCAUGGAGGAAUGGGCCAAAAUACCAGCAACAGUGUGUGAAAACCUUGUGAAGACUUACAGAAAACGUUUGACCUCUGUCAUUGCCAACAACGGGUAUAUAACAAAGUAUUGAGAUAAACUUUUGUUAUUGACCAAAUACUUAUUUCCCACCAUAAUUUGCAAAUAAAUUCAUUAAAAACCUACAAUGUGAUUUUCUGGAUUUUUUUUCCUCAUUUUGUCUGUCAUAGUUGAAGUGUACCUAUGAUGAAAAUUACAGGCCUCUCAUCUUUUUAAGUAGGAGAACUUGCACAAUUGGUGGCUGACUAAAUACUUUUUUUGCCCCACUGUACCACAGCAGAAGAUAGUAGUGUGUGCUGCAUCUAUGUAUACCCCGAGAGCAAAUGGCAAAUUUUCUUGCCAUGCCAAAUCACACUUUAAUCAAUGAAUGGAGUGGACUGAAAGUCAAAUCAUCCUUUUUAUUGUGAAACUUUCUAUAAGUUGUAAAUGUAUGGGAGAGGGGGGGGGGUGUAAAUACUGUAGAACAUCCCAUAGUGUGUUCUGAUUGGCUGUCCUCUUUUGUUUGCUUCCUAUUCUAUUGUACCAGUCCUCCAAUCAAUAAUCUUCAUGAGCAUAGGCCCUUAUUGAUUUGAUGACCAUCCUGUGUUGUUAAUGACAACAUGUUUUAUCAAUAGAUAGGGGAUGUCCUGGUAUUUGCUGUGUCUUUGUCCCAGUCCAGGCACAGGGAGACAGAGGACAUGGCUUUCUGUGACGUUAGUGUACUUUACAGUAUGCAACUUUUCCAUAUGACCCCUUUGCUUUAUCAGGCCUUUCUUGUAUCUACUCUUCUUUGAACAAAAUACAUUUUUUUCAAUAAAAUCUGUCAAAAUUAA